UUCAUUUGACAGCUGUAAAUGGAAAAGUCUUUUCUGAAUUUGCCCCAGAGCGAGCAGAAGCAAUAGCAGAAAAUUCUCAAACAAUUGUCGCAGAACUUUGCGUGUGUGUGUGUGUGUCGCCAUGAUGAAUGUGGAGAAGCUGGAGAAGCUUAAGAAGCUGGAGGAUGUGGUGCGCAUCGGCGGCAAGGGCUCGCAGCGCCGCAAGCACAAGCACACCCAGCGCCAGACGGCGGCGGAUGAGAAUCGCUUGCAGCGCAUGCUGGACAAGCUGACGCUGAAUUCGAUGCCCGGCAUACAGCAAAUCAAUCUGGUGAUGCGCGAUGGCAGCCAAAUGGUGAUGCAUUACCCAAAGGUCCAGUGCGCACUGCAGAGCAAUGUGUUUGUGAUGAGCAGCGAGUCGACGCAGGUGCUGGCGCCCAAGCAGGCGCAGCCUUCGAUUGCCACUGCCAAGGCGACAAUGGAGAAGCUGCAGACUGUGAUGCGUGCGCUGGUCAAGUCGAAGGUGAAGAGCAAGCCAAAGUCGAGUGAUGACGAAAGCGAGGGCAAGCCCAAUCAGCCCACGCAGCCUUUGCUGGUGACUACGGCUGGUGAGCCGAACGAGCAGCAGCAGCAGCAGCAGCAGCUGAAGAAGAAGAUCAAAAAAACACGCAUACGCCAGCGCGCACGCAACAAAGCAAUGAAAGCGGAUUCAAUGAGCGAGGUCAAGGGCCAGGCGUAUGAUCAAUCGAUCGAAGAAGCAGCAGCAGCAGCAGCAGCAGUUGAUCUUAGCUCCAACUCGAACUCCAGCUUAAGCUCCAGCUAUGAGCAGCCAAAGCAGCAGCCAGAGCAGCAGCAGCCAGAGCAGCAGGAGCAGGAGCAGGCGGAGCAGCUCAAGCCAGCUGAGGUGCCCGCACAGGUGGGCGACAAUGAUUCAUUGAUUACCGCCAGCACUGGCACUGAGGAUGAGUACCAGGAUGCCUUUUGCAUGAGCAACGUGGACAGCGAUGAGCUCAAGUCCAUUUACGAGGAUGUGCAAGAGAACGAUAACCUGGUGACCACCAGCACCGAUACGGAUGAUAAUCUGGAGCUGGGAGCGGAGCCGGAGCCGAAACCGAAACUCGAAACUGCUGCCGAAUAGAAGAACUUGAAACAAUUUGAAUGCGCAUCAAAUUUGAAAUAAAUACCUAAA